GGAAGCAGCCAUGGUCUGAUGCAGGCUCCUCACCUGUCAGCCGCGCCGGCUCCAGCGCUCGCGUCUCGCCCUCGCGUCCCCCGCCCUCGUUCCUCGCCGGCCGGGGACGGCGGCGGCCCGGCCACCAUGAUACAUUUCAUAUUGCUCUUCAGUCGACAAGGGAAAUUACGGCUGCAGAAAUGGUAUACUACUCUCCCUGACAAGGAAAGGAAAAAGAUCACGCGCGAAAUUGUUCAGAUUAUUCUCUCCCGUGGUCAGAGAACAAGCAGUUUCGUUGACUGGAAGGAGCUAAAACUUGUUUAUAAAAGGUAUGCUAGUUUAUAUUUUUGCUGUGCAGUAGAAAAUCAGGACAAUGAGCUCUUGACCCUAGAGAUUGUGCAUCGUUAUGUGGAGUUGCUGGACAAAUACUUUGGAAAUGUCUGUGAGCUAGACAUUAUCUUUAAUUUUGAAAAGGCUUAUUUUAUCCUGGAUGAGUUUAUCAUCGGUGGAGAAAUUCAGGAAACAUCCAAGAAAUCUGCCGUCAAAGCCAUCGAGGAUUCUGAUAUGUUACAGGAGACAAUGGAAGAAUACAUGAACAAGCCUGCCUUUUAACCAUACAUCUACUUGAAAACUACAAGUGGUUCGUGUUAUGAACCUGUAAAUAAACAGUGCCUUGAAUUCAGUUAGAUGACAGAGCCUCUGGCACCAUGCCAAAAAUAACUUGAAAGGGAUUUUUUGUUCACUAGCAAAAAUUAAAGUUGUUUGACAUAAUAUAUUUAUCAUUAUUCAUGUCUGUAUUAUACUGUAUAUGACUGCUUGGAUGUUAAAAAGCUGCUUCAUAGUUCGAUAGACUGAAUGUUUGCAGUGUUUUAACUCUGUGUCAUAUUUUUGAGCGAAUUUAAAUAAAUUUGUUGCAGCAUGUUUUGUUGCCUUUGAUCCUCUUCUGACAGGAUGAAAACUGUAUUAUAAUCCAUGAUUUUGAUGUAAAGUAUAUCUUGUACUAGUAAUACUUUUUCUAAAUGUUUGCUUUUUAAAUUGUGUAGUGAUUCACAUGUUAAUAAUUCAGAGUUCAUACAUGAUGUUAGACAUUUUUAGUACACAAUGCUGUCAUUUCGAUCCGCAUACAGAGUAUCUGAUUUUGAUGUCCUGAAGUCAUUAAUCUUUCAGGGCUAGAAUUAAGGAAAACAACCAAAGAUAGUAUAGGACUUAAGUGUUGUUGUUGUUGUUGUUUUAAAUUUUAUUUUAUUAUUAAUUAGAAGAUAAUGACUGGACUUAAAUGUUUUUGAUAUCUUAGAAGCUGCUAUCUAGGUGAGGUUUUAAUUUUACCUUUUAAUUGAAUAUGAGGGGCAUUCCAAUAAGGUUGUGUUUUCUACAAGCUCUGUGUAUUUAUUAAGAUUUUGAGACAUCUGAAAAUAAAGUGUCUAUAACUCCCCUUAUCAUAAAUAGUGUAAUAAAGAUUAAUAACAGUGGCAAUAACAGUUAUUAAUACUGCUAUUUUAAUUAUCUUUUAUGUUACAAGUACCCUUAGUUGCUUGAGAGGUUUUUGUUUCCAAUAUGUUUUCAUGUAUAUCUAAUAUAUUUGAAGACUUACUGUUUAUUAGGCUUGCUUGGAACAUUGAAUAUUAUUGUAGCCUGAAUAGUACGUGCCUUUCUCCUUUUUCUCUCCUCAUCUCCCAAAGGAAAUAUUUGCUGCUGCCUAUUAUUAUUGUGACUAUGUCACAUUCAUGCUUCCUGAAAUGCAAGUUCUAUAUAACCAGGUAAUAAAAGUAGUCAGACCCUCUAGGGAGAACUAGCUUCUACUGUUGUCUUGGUGCCCUGUUUGAUGUCUUACCUGUGCAUUUUCAGUGUCCAUUUGAGGUCAAAUAUCAUCAUGUUGCAGUGGUUAGGGCCCCUCUAGUGUUCUUCCUAAGAGAAGAGUGUGCUUCCUAUUGCAGAAUCCAAUAUGAGAGAAAAAUGUCCUCUCUAACUUAUCUUGCCAGACAUACUUAGGGAAAAACGGCUGGAGAGGAGUGGAAGAACAUGAGUAAAAAUUGAGCAACUCCAAAAUAGAACCAUCAUAAAAAAGAAAUAACUCAGAUUAGUCUACGAAGUAAUUAUGAGACUUUUAAUAUCUAACAUUUCCUCAACUUAAUAAUGUAUUUACAAGUAGGGCAUCAGGUUGAAAUUUGUCAUUUUUAUCACUUUGUUUACUUUAGAUCUUUAAUUUUUUGCUUUAGCUUUUUUUUUUUUUUAAGUACGGCAGAGCUCUUUAAGAAUAAUUUUAUUAAGGUAAACUUCAUGUAGUUAUCUAAGUGUUUCUGGGUCUUUUGAAGUUCACUUUUGGAUGAAGGUAUUGAUUGAACCUCACUCAUACAUACUCUACAUAUACUGGAGAAUUCUAUAUUAGACACUGUCUGUAGAUGGGAAUCCUCAAAGUUCAUGUCUGUAGCACACAUAGAACAUGAACAUGAAUGAUAUGGCACUCUGGGGUAAGUCCGAGGGAUCCUGGGUGCGUCUUACAUGGACCUUGGUGAAAAUAAUCAUGUUUUCUUUAUAUCAUUUAAUGUAAUAAAACUACUAAGGGUAAGGAAAGAUAAUAAAUAUUAAACUUGUAUAAAACUUCCAAAUAAAAUUUUUUUAAGUUUUUUAA